GGCUUUGUUAUAAAGUUGUACUUGAGACUUUAACGUUUUGUCAGAGGCUAGAGAUUUCCGGCACGAUAGAGCGUAAGCUGUAAAUACACAGCGCUUGGUUUACGAGGCCUAGCUGUCUAGGCCCCAGGCCGUGUGCUUUUCUAAUUUAAAAUUCUAGGUAGGCUUCUGUGUGAAAAAUAAUACGCUUGAGUGGUUUAUGCAGACACUGGGGGGCAAUGCAAAAUUAACGGAUUCUUUUCCCUUAUCUGUGAUUGCCUUUUAAAAAGAUCAAAUUUGAUGCUUCAAUUUCCAAAAUAUGAACACACUCUGCAAACAACCUUCUUUUCAAAGGAUAAGUUAGUAUUAUAGGUGGCGUUACCGUUUCUUGGUGUGCACGAAGACAACGCAAGCAGUUGAGGAAAUUGCUAAGCAGUGUGUACUGGGGAUGCUUUAGGAAGAGACUGAAUGCCGAGGCGAGUUCCAGUCCAAAGGUGUUUAAUUUACCAAGAAGAAAGUGAACAUCAUGGAUCAGAACAACAGCCUGCCACCUUAUGCUCAGGGCCUGGCCUCCCCUCAGGGUGCCAUGACUCCCGGAAUCCCCAUCUUCAGUCCGAUGAUGCCUUACGGCACAGGACUGACUCCACAGCCUAUUCAGAGCACCAACAGUCUGUCCAUCUUGGAGGAGCAGCAGAGGCAGCAGCAGCAGCAGCAGCAGCAGCAGCAGCAGCAGGCGGCUCAGCAGCAGCAGCAGCAGCAGGCGGCUCAGCAGCAGCAGCAGCAGCAGCAGGCAGUGGCGGCCGUUCAGCAGUCAGCAUCCCAGCAGGCGACGCAGGCGGCCUCGGGCCAGACACCACAGCUCUUCCACUCACAGACUCUUACCACUGCACCCUUGCCGGGCACCACUCCCCUGUAUCCCUCCCCCAUGACCCCCAUGACCCCCAUUACCCCCGCCACGCCAGCCUCUGAGAGCUCUGGGAUCGUGCCGCAGCUGCAAAAUAUUGUAUCUACGGUGAAUCUUGGCUGUAAGCUUGACCUAAAGACCAUUGCACUUCGUGCCCGAAAUGCUGAAUAUAAUCCCAAGCGGUUUGCUGCUGUUAUCAUGAGAAUAAGAGAGCCCCGAACCACUGCACUAAUAUUCAGUUCUGGGAAAAUGGUGUGCACAGGAGCCAAGAGUGAAGAGCAGUCCCGACUAGCAGCAAGAAAAUAUGCCAGAGUUGUACAGAAAUUAGGUUUUCCAGCAAAGUUCUUGGACUUCAAGAUUCAGAAUAUGGUGGGGAGCUGUGAUGUGAAAUUCCCUAUAAGGUUAGAAGGCCUCGUGCUGACCCACCAACAAUUUAGUAGUUACGAGCCAGAGUUAUUUCCUGGUUUAAUCUACAGAAUGAUCAAACCCAGAAUUGUUCUUCUUAUUUUUGUUUCUGGAAAAGUUGUUUUAACAGGUGCUAAAGUCAGAGCAGAAAUUUAUGAAGCAUUUGAAAAUAUCUACCCUAUUCUAAAGGGUUUCAGGAAGACGACAUAAUGGCUGUUAAUGUACUCCUGCCUCUGCACCCACUUGUUCUUUUUUUUAAAAACAAAUCAGUUUUGGUACAUUUAAAUGGUGGUGUUGUGGAGGGUCCCAGUUUGGUGAGAAGAUGGGCGUUCUGUGGGUUGCAGCACCAGGUGAAGCUCUCCGGCGUGCACUCCCCGUGGCGAUGCUGGGAAGUGGUCUUCUGCGCAGAGAACACUGCAGCAUUAUGUAAGUUGCUCGUACUGUGCUGCUGUUUGAGUUGUGCUGCCUGUUUAUUUAUAUUUAGAUUUUAAACACAUACUGCUGUUGACAAGUUGGUUUGAGGUACAGAACUUCAAAUGUUAAAGCCACCUCUGCAGUUGAUUGGACUUUUUCUUUUAAUUUCUUCCCCAUAAACCAGUUUUUAUAUUUCUACCAGAAAAGUAAAAAUCUUUUUUAAAAGCGUUGUUUUUCUAAUUCGUGACUCCUAGGGGUUAUUUUUGUGCCAGACACAUUCCGCCUUUUCAGUAUUGCAGGACAGAAUAGAUGUAUUAAGGAAAACAAAUGGCUGUACAUAUUUUUCUUCCUUCGGAGUACUCUGUACAAUAAAUGCUGUUUAUAAAAGUGUUAGAUUGAUGUUAUAAAUGAUACCUUGUAAGAUUCAUGUGACCAUACUGGUAAAGUUUGUAUUUUAGAUAUAAUUGCCUGAAACCAU